UUCAUCAUCCCCAUGCUAAUUGGCUAACCCGCUGCUAACCCGCUGCUAACCUGAAGCUAACCAGGGGUCCGUUUAACGAAGCAGGUUCAACAAACUCUGAGUUUAACCCUGAACUCUGAGUCGAUCUACUCUGAGAUAGAAAAAUCUGAGUUUUCGGUUUCACAACGGCUGAUUUGAGUUGGUUAAAUCAACUCGGAGUAGUUUCACCCGGAGUUAAGCGCGUGCACCACAACUAUAAAAAGACAGCAUCAAUGGAGCGCCGAUUCGACGAGUCACCAUGGCAACGGGGAAGCGGAGGACUACACCGCUUGAAUUGGAAAUCUUAAUGCGCUUAUAUAGCGAGUUUGAGCACGUUUUUAGAAAGAAGUGCAACACUGCUGCAGCUGCAAAAGAGAGGGAGACGGUGUGGGAGAACAUUGCUGCCUGGGUCAAUGCGUCAUCGUUGUGCAGCUCCACAGAAUGAGCGGUGAUGAAGAGACCAAAGCUGGCCGGAGUGUUCCUGCUGCUGGGCGUCCUGCUGGCCUACCUGAUGUUUGUGAAGAAUCACUACUCGGCCUCCAGACCCGACCACUUAACUCCUCACCACCGCACCGCAGACAGUAGGACCACCGCCGCUGGGCGGAGCUUCCGGUACGGCGUCAUGUUCGACGCCGGCAGCACCGGGACCAGAGUCCACAUCUUCAGGUUCCAGAUGGACAGCAAAGAAGCUCCCAGGCUAGACCACGAGACCUUCAGAGCCAUCAAACCCGGACUGUCUGCCUACGCCGACGAGCCGCACAAGUGUUCUGAUGGGAUCCUGCAGCUGCUCCAGGUGGCCAAGUCCAGCAUCCCCCCUUCAUCGUGGACCUCUACCCCGCUGGUCCUGAAGGCCACGGCCGGCCUCAGACUGCUGCCUGGGGAGAAAGCUCAGCACCUGCUGGACACCGUGAGGGCGCUGUUCCUGGAGUCACCUUUUCUGUCCAGAGACGACAGCGUUUCCAUCAUGGAUGGAACCGAUGAAGGGAUUUCUGGUUGGAUCACAGUCAACUUCCUGACUGGUGAUCUCCAUGGCGACGGCCCCACGGUGGGGAUGCUGGAUCUGGGUGGCGGGUCGACCCAGAUCACCUUCAGCCCUCAGGACGAGAAAACCAUCCAGACCUCACCCAUCGACUACAUCAGGUCCUUCCAGAUGUUCAACAACACACACACCGUCUACACACACAGCUAUCUGGGUCUGGGUCUGAUGUCGGCUCGGCUCGCCAUCCUAGGAGGCAUGGACGCUCCACCCUUAGGGGGCAGCACUGAACUGGUCAGUCCUUGUCUUCCUGCGGACUUCUCUGGCAGCUGGGAACAUGCUGACAUCACCUACACUGUGAAGGGACAGAAAGCAGGGGAGCCAGUUUACGAGGCGUGCCUCAAUAAAGUGGAGAAGGUUCUGUACGGGAAGGUGAUGAAGGCGUCUGAGGCGGCGGAGGUGGACUUCUACGCGUUCUCGUAUUACUACGACCGAGCGGUGGACCUGGAAGUCAUUGACGAGCAGCAGGGAGGAACCGUCACUGUGUCCCAGUACACCGACGCCGCGAAAAGAGUUUGCAGCGGUUCUUCAUCCGCCAGGCCUCUGCAGAGUCCGUUCCUCUGUCUGGACCUGGUCUACAUCUCAGUCCUGCUGCAGGAGCUCGGCUUCCCCCCAAGCAAGCAGUUCAAGCUGGCCAGAACCAUCAACCAGGUGGAGACCAGCUGGGCUUUAGGAGCAACGUUCCACUACAUGGAGUCCCUGAAGAACCUCUGAGGCUUUAAGGAGACGUGAAGAACCAGGAGAACCAGAGAGGACGAGAUGUUCUUCUGGACCACGUGACCUCACGGAAACACUCCAGUUGUGUUCCUUCAGUUUAAACUUGGUACUAAAUGAUAUUUUUAUGCAGCUUGUUAAUCAUCAGUUCUGGUUCAUGUUUCUAACCCAGAUUAUUACCGAAGGUUCUGAUUAGUCUGAUAUUAGUGUUCAUCAAACAUCUACAGCUCCGUUUACCUGGGACAUCUCCGUUACUGAAUGAAACUACAGCAGAUAAAGAAGCUAACUGUGCAGCUAACGGUCCGUGCUAACAUCAUGAAGGGGAGUUCAAUAAAAGAACAAUCCGUUUGUGAGGAACUGUUCUGAUGUUUUAGUUCAAAUGUUCUGUAUGGACUUAGAGGUUUGGUCUUUUGUAGAACCUCUGAAACUGCAGAACUUCAACUGAUUUGUAGAGAAUUCUGAGGAAUGUUUUGAGGGAAUCGACUGUAAAUGAAAGUUUUUCUAACAUCUGCAAUAAACACGUGAAUGUUUCUGGAUAAA